UCUUUCCCACCCACUGAUCCACCACCGGCACCUGCCUUUCCCCUCUCCCGAGGUCACCGCAGUUUUUACCAACCUUUUCAAUUCACCACCGUCGCCAUGACUUCAUCUGACCGUCCAUGCGACCAAGUGACCAACCCAUCCAUCCAUUGACUUCAUCACCGCCCCGAAUUACCGCCCGGUUCUCUGCCAUGGGGACGGUAAAUUUGCUAACCGGCGUGACAGUUACUACGGCGCCACCACUCCGGUCCAACCGGUGAGCGGCCACUCCUUGUCCCUUUCCGCUAAACCACCACGGCACCACCGCUCCCUCCCCUCUCCGCCGUAGCCACGCGAAGGAGCUCAAACCCUAGCCGGAACCGCACGCAGAUUGACGGGAGUUGGGAGGCUUCCGGCGACGGGUUGCUCGCGCAGCGGCCGAUGGCGGAGGACGGCGAGGAGAAGCUGCUCGCCACGGUGCAGCACAUCGUCCAGACUCUGGGCCGCACCGACACCAUGACGGAGGAUAUACUGAAGGUGUUCUCCAACUAUGACGGGCGCUUCUCGCUCGACAAGCUCUACGCCACGCGCGCCGCCGCCGCGGUGGCGGCGACCGCGGUUGGUGGGGCUGGGGAGCGCUCGAUGCCGGCCUCGCCGCCGAUGCCGCCUCCGCCGGCGGCGUCCUCGGCCGCCGCGGUGAUGCCUCCGGUGACGUCGCUGGAGCGGACCGUGCGCACGCUGGACCGGCAGAUCUCGCAGUUCGUGACGAUGGAUAAGCUCAUAUGGGCGGACUCGGGGGACGCGGACGCGUUCCUGGAGGCGGUGGACGACCUCAUCGGCACCGUGCAGGAGCUCGACGCUGCCAAGACCAACCGCGGGUUGCUCGACCGAGCCGACGAGCUUCUGAGCCGGUGCAUGGCCCGGCUGGAGGACGAGUUUCGGGCGCUCAUCGAACGCCCCGACGACGCGGCGCCGCAGGUGCCCGGUGGGUUCGGGUCUGAUGAGAGCGAAGAGGAGGACUACGACGCGGACGACGGAUUCGGCGACGAGCCAAUCCCAAUUGCCAAGCCAGUCUCGGACUUCGACGUGGUCAUCGACGCUCUCCCCCCGGGCUCGGUCUCUGACGUCCAUCAGAUUGCGCGGCGGAUGGUGGACGCCGGUUUCGGCCGCGAGUGCGCCGAGGCCUACGCCGCAGCGCGCCGCGGCUUCAUCGACGAGAGCGUCGCUCGCCUUGGCAUCCGUUUCCGCACUGCCGAUGAGGUCCACUCCUCACCAUGGGAGGAGCUGGAGUUCGACAUUGCCCGCUGGAUCCCGGCCUUCAAGAUGGUGUUCCACAUCUUGAUCCCCAGCGAACGCCGCCUCUGUGACCGUGUCUUCGACGGCCUCGCCCCUUACGGCGACCUCGCCUUUGUUGCUGCCGUGCGAACCCAGGCGCUCCAGCUUAUCUCAUUCGGAGAUGCAGUUGCUGCUGCUAGCCGCGCACCUGAGCGCCUCUUCCGUGUCAUAGACAUGUAUGAAGCAGUUCGAGACCUCCUUCCUGACCUCGAUCCUGUCUUCUCUGAUCCCUACUCUGCAGCACUUCGUGCUGAGGUCUCAGCUGUUUGCAACACCCUCGGCUCCUCAAUCAAAGGUAUAUUCAUGGAGCUCGAAAAUCUCAUCCGCCGUGACCCCGCCCGUGUUGCAGUGCCAGGUGGUGGCAUACACCCAAUCACUCGUUAUGUCAUGAACUAUCUCCGUGCCGCAUGUGGGUCACGGCAAACACUGGAAGAGGUGAUGGAAGAUGAUUUGGGUGCUGUUGGCGCAGCAGCUAUUGCUGUUGAUCCUGACCGCCCCACUUCAUCGUUAGCUGUGCACAUAGCUUGGAUCAUGGAUGUGCUUCACAAGAAUUUGGAGACCAAAUCUAAGAUAUAUAGGGACCUGCCACUUGCUUCCAUCUUCCUAAUGAAUAAUGGGAAAUAUAUUAUUCACAAGGUGAAUGACAGUGAGCUUGGGAUUUUGCUUGGCGAUGAGUGGAUGAAGCAGAUGAUGAGCAGAGUGCGCCGGUGGAGUAUGGAGUACCAGCGUGGGGCUUGGGCAAAGGUCAUGUCAGUGCUGCAGACUGGAGGUCCUGGCAUUGGCAGUAUCCCUGCGAAAGCCAUGCUUCAGAAAAUGCGAAUGUUUAAUGGUUACUUGGAGGAGAUUUGUGCGGUGCAGUCAGAUUGGGUGAUCACUGAUGAGCAAUUGCGAUCAGAUGUUCAGACAGCAAUAGCAGAUUCCGUGAUGCCUGCAUAUACAGGCUUAAUUGUGAGGUUGAGAUCAUCUCCAGAAACUGCGCGGGAGUUGUUCAUCAAGUACACCCCAGAGGAUGUUCAGUCACAAAUCCAACACUUAUUUGAAGGAGUGGCCAAGUGAUUAGUGCAUGCUAUGGUGCUAUACCUGUGAUUUUGUUGUCAUAACUAUUCUAGGAUAUUUGAACUUUGGUCAUGGUGAUAUUCUGGGCUCGAUGAUGUGGUGCCAUACAGUUUGGCUUUGUCUUAGAUGAGGAAGUAUUGUCUUCUGACUCUUCUCCAGUUGUGUAAAUUUGUAGGUGUUUCUGUAUCAACUAGUGAUGGUAAUCUAAUUUGUCAUAUUAAUAGUUGAUUCUUGCUUGGCUUAA